AAUCCAAGUCCGAAUUUUAGAAGCGAGAUCCAACCCGACCCGGGUGAUAUAGAGAUGAAUCAGAUGAUGAUUUGGUGCUAGUGUGGUGGGAUUCAAUUUGAAAAUUGUGAAUUGGUAACAGAAUGAAGCAAUCAAAGGAUCCAUUCGAAGCAGCGUUUGAGGAAUCACCACCUGAAUCCCCAACUGAGGUUGAGGCUGAGGCUGAGACAGAGACACAAAACCCUAAUUCUGUUGUUGUUGUCGCAGAACCGAGCAGUCACGAUCAUGAAGAUGCUGGUAAUCGGAAAAAGGUGAAUACUAAUACUAAUAAUACUAAUACUACAGGAACAGGAACAGGCACAGCGAAGAAUAAAGAAGAAGAGGAUGAGGAAGAGGAAGAUAACAUGGAUGUUGAGCUCGCAAAGCUUCCUUCAGCCGGUGACCCUCACAAAAUGGCCAAGAUGCAGGCUAUAUUGUCACAGUUCACUGAAGAACAGAUGAGCAGAUACGAGUCCUUUCGUAGAGCUGGAUUUCAGAAAGCUAACAUGAAAAGGAUAUUAGCAAGCAUUACUGGGACCCAGAAAAUUUCUGUGCCAAUGACGAUUGUAGUCUCAGGGAUUGCAAAAAUGUUUGUUGGGGAAGUUGUUGAAACGGCUAGAAUAGUUAUGAAAGAGAGGAAGGAAUCUGGACCCAUCCGACCAUGUCAUUUGAGAGAAGCACAUAGACGACUAAAGCUUGACGGAAAAGUCUUUAAGAGAUCAGUGUCAAGGCUCUUCCGGUAAAUGGACCAAAUAUGAAUGUUGUGUAUAAUAUCACUGGUUUGCAACAGUGGCUUUUAGGUAACAAGAUUUUGUAGUCAGCACCUUCAUAUUACUGCAUCCCGAUAUCUGUGAAACACACCCUUUUGGUAUCCCUUGAUUUUCACGUUACUUCUUUAAAUCAAUAGUCAAAAAGAAUCUGUCCAAAUUGACAUACAUGUGUAAACCAUCAUGCUUGUGUAACAUAUGUGAAUCCCUUGCCGUGUCUCUUAUAACUUUUCAAUUUAAUCGGUCUGACUUUUCCCCAUCAGAAUAAACAACUCCGUUCAAUCCC